CCGUGACAAAAGUUAUUUGUCGUGAUCAAGCUUAUAAAAUUGUUAAAUAUGAUUAUUAGAAAAAAUAUACAUUAAAGAAAAAUACAUGUUUUUCAAUUAUUUUAAAUACAAUUACAUUUAGAAAGUUAUUAAAAUCUGUUAAUCAGAUUACAGUUCACGUCCGAUGAUUGAUAGUAGUAUUUCUUUACAUUUUGAUAAUGUUAUGUGACUAUAUUCCUUGAGUUCUAUCUAAAUUUCUGUCCCGUAAAUAUCAAAGAGUGAUAUGUUUACUACGCUCCGUAAGCGCCGAUACUAUUUCGCAGAUUAAGAAUGGAACGAAAUGGCGCGAGGGAAAUGGAAGAACGAAUGUGUAUAAGAGAUACUGGUAAAACAUUGAAAAAGUACGGCAGUACAGCCAAACAUAUUACACGACCUGAAAAUUUAAUAAGACAUACAGUAUCAGCAAUUGAUACACUUCAAGGAAUUGCACUAAAAUACGGAGUUACAACUGAACAAAUAAGGAGGGUCAAUAGAUUAUGGGCUUCUGAUAGUUUAUUCUUAAGGGAAUAUUUACUUAUUCCUGCUAACCCAGAAAGUCCUUUGUCGUUACCUAUCGACAAUACAAAUGAAACUGAACAUAAUGCAAUUCAAACUGUUUCUAGUCCAUCUUCAGUCACAUCAUCUAUAGAUGAUGAUAGUUCAGUUAAUGACUUUUUAGCUAAAAUGGAUUCUUCUAUAGCUAGUGCAAAAAGGGAAGUGAAACGUACUCAGGGGAAUAGUGAAUUUUGCACAGAUGGUAAUGAUAUCUAUGUACAACAACGUAGAGUGUCUACUAAAUUACGUAAUUCGUUUCCUAUGACGUCAAAUACACAUACAUUUUCAUCCACCUCCGAACCAUUAAGACCGUCAUCUUCUAGUGAUAUGCAUAACUUUCCAACUGCUGUAGUUAUGACUCAGGGUAGAAAAGUGAAGACAUCGUUACAAAAACUUCAACAACAACAAGAUGAAAUAUUCCAGUUGUAGCAACUAAAUAUUAUUGGACUGUAAUAUGUUCAAAAUUUACAGUGUCAUUAAAGAGCUUGAAGAAAAAAAAA